AUGACACGUCCAUCAUCAUCAUCAUCAUCAUCAUCAUCAUCAUCAUCAUCAUCAUCAUCAUCAUCAUCAUCAUCAUCAUCAUCAUCAUCAUCAUCAUCAUCAUCAUCAUCAUCAUCAUCAUCAUCAUCAUCAUCAUCAUCAUCAUCAUCAUCAUCAUCAUCAUCAUCAUCAUCAUCAUCAUCAUCAUCAUCAUCAUCAUCAUCAUCAUGA